AUGUCGGCUGAGGACAGCAGCAGUGAAGAUGAAAAUACUGAGCGACUUAAAGAAGCAAUCUGGAGCUUCGGAGCAACGCAUAACAACGGUACUCACCAUGCAAACGGCGGAGACGUAAGGGGAGAGAACAAUGACAGACCGAGUCGCCGAGCGGUUGCGUCCGAACACGAACAUGAUGGAAAUGAGCUACGGACGACGCCGGAAUUCCGUGCUCAUGUAGCCAAAAAGCUAGGAGCCAUGCUAGAUGGCUGUAUCGCAGUAGUAUCUACAGAAACUCCAGACUCUAACGCAGGACCGUGUCAAAGCAGAAAUGAUGAAGAGGAUGAUGAAGGUUUCCAGCUCUUCUCCACGUCUAUCCCCGGGAAAUGGACGAAGGAGCCUACUCCUCCACCUAAACGCCCGCGCGCUCCCAGCUCUAGUGACAGUGACAGUGAAAUGGAGAUGAGGUUGCGAGAGGCAGCCGUAUCCAUCUCAGACCUCCUCCCUCCGGCCUCGGGGCCCGCGGACGCGAAAAGAACAGAGGAUAAGAAGAAGGAAGAGACGGAGGAGGUGGAGGAGAGCCGCUGCAGCCCUGCACCAAAGAAGAAGAAAAAGAAGAAACGAAAAGCCCCCCAGGAGGUGACAGAAGGAGACGAGGAGUCAGAACAACCCGCCGCGCCUCCUCAACCAGAAAGAACCGAUGAGCCGCAGAGAAAGAAGACGAAGAAAAAGAAGAAGAAAAAGUCGGAUGAGAGUCUAAAAGAGGGAGAACAGUGA